AUGGUGUUUCGGCUCUUUACAAAGUGGAGUGAGAGUCAACGACAGUCGCAGAUCCAUAAUGAGGCUCAAAGAGGAUCUCAGGGACUGGAGAACUGGGACUGGAGCAGGGACUGGAGAGCUGGGACUGGAGCAGGGACUGGAGAGCUGGGGCUGGAGAGCUGGGGCUGGAGCUGGGACUGGAGCAGGGACUGGAGAGCAGGGACUGGAGAGCAGGGACUGGAGAGCAGGGACUGGAGAGCCUGGGACUGGAGAGCUGGGACUGGAGAGCUGGGACUAGAGAGCUGGGACUGGAGAGCCAGGGACUGGAGAGCUGGGACUGGAGCUGGGACUGGAGCUGGGACUGGAGAGCUGGGACUGGAGCUGGGGCUGGAGAGCUGGGACUGGAGAGCUGGGUCUGGAGAGCUGGGACUGGAGAGCUGGGGACUGGAGAGCAGGGACUGGAGAGCCUGGGACUGGAGAGCUGGGACUGGAGAGCUGGGACUAGAGAGCUGGGACUGGAGAGCUGGGACUGGAGCUGGGACUGGAGCUGGGACUGGAGAGCUGGGUCUGGAGAGCAGGGACUGGAGAGCUGGGACUGGAGAGCUGGGACUGGAGCUGGGACUGGAGCUGGGGCUGGAGAGCUGGGUCUGGAGAGCAGGGACUGGAGAGCUGGGACUGGAGCUGGGACUGGAGCUGGGACUGGAGAGCUGGGGCUGGAGAGCUAGGACUGGAGAGCCUGGGACUGGAGAGCCUGGGACUGGAGCUGGGACUGGAGAGCUGGGGCUGGAGAGCUGGGUCUGGAGAGCAGGGGCUGGAGAGCUGGGAUGGGACUGGAGAGCAGGGACUGGAGAGCUGGGACUGGAGCUGGGACUGGAGCUGGGACUGGAGAGCUGGGACUGGAGAGCAGGGACUAGAGAGCCUGGGAGUGGAGAGCAGGGACUGGAGAGCCUGGGACUGGAGCAGGGACUGGAGAGCAGGGACUAG